AGAUAAAGUUAAAGUGACACUUUUUACUUGUUUUAUUUUGCAAAUCGCAAAUGGCAAUGAAGAAAAUAUCAUUUUGAAUUUUAAUCAUAACGAGCAAUAUAUUUAUUUUUAAUGAAGAUUUUAAUAAAAUUGUAAACUGUGUCUCUUUAAAAAAAAUCUUAAUUGUAAGCGGUAUGCUUUUUCAACAAAACAUGUUUACGAAACAUACAUAAUGUUUCGUAAUAAAUGGUACUGAACAAAGUUGUUCUAUUAAAUAUUUCGUAUCAAUGGAGUACGAAAACGAUGAUACUUGGCGACGAUCCAGCUCACCUAAGGAGGUCUCGUGUCACCCAAUUCCGAAGAAAUCUACGACUACAGCAGUUAUCGUGCUGGGACUCGCUGUCCUAAGUUGCUUACUCGGUUACUGUGUACUAAGCGAAACCUUGCCAUACGAAUCGAAAACAUUACGCCUUGUUAUUAUUUUUUUUCGCCAUGGAGCAAGAACACCAGUUUCAACAUAUAAAAGCGAUCCUUUCAAAAACUAUCAGUGGCCUGAUGGUCUUGGCAGUCUUACAAAUACUGGUAAACUACAGUUGUAUGAAUUGGGUAAAAAAUAUCGCACAUAUUAUGCUAACUUUAUACCUGAAGAAUACUAUGAGAAAGAAGUUUAUAUAAAGAGCAGUGACAAGUCCAGGUGUAUGAUGAGUGCUUACACUUUCCUAGCUGGCCUAUUCCCUCCUUCUGAAAGACAGAUGUGGCACCCGGAGAUAUCUUGGCAACCAAUCCCAGUGCAUUCAUUACCUAGACAUCUUGAUAAUGUGGUAGCAGCCACAAAACCUUGCAAAGUAUGGAAAGCAAUGUACAAUGAAUUGGUAGAAGAGAAAAAUGCUGAUCCUAAAUUUAUGGAACUCUUUGAUUAUUUGAGUAAAUAUACAAACCAAAGCAUGCGUAGUGUAGUUGAUGUAGACUUCCUAUACAGUACACUACAAACGCAGCAGGAAGCUGGUUUGAAACUUCCUGAGUGGACUAAAAAUGUAUUUCCCCAUAAGAUGAAAGUCCCAUUCAUGCUUAGUUUGGCUCUGCUUUCUUACAAUUCAACUCUGCAAAAGUUUCAUACUGGUCCACUACUUGGUGAAAUAAAGCAGCAUCUUCAAAACAGUGUGAGCCAUAACGACAUUGACCGCUCUUUGUAUAUUUAUUCUGGCCAUGAUGUUAAUGUUGUGUCUAUAUGGCGUGCUUUAGGCUUUGAAGAACUUUUAGAGCCAGAGUAUGGGGCAAGUCUAGUUAUUGAAUUACAUGAAGAGGUUGAACAGGACAAUUUCUUUAUCAGGUUAUUCUACCGCAACAACACUAAAGUUGAAGUACCGAUGGAACUUAAACUACCAUUUUGCAAUGAUCCCUGUACUUAUGAGAGAUUUGCUGAAUAUCUUGAUAACCUUGUCCCAAAUGAUUGGGAAGUUGAAUGUCAAAAUUAAUUUUAAAUUUGUUAUUCAAAAUUUUACAUAUAAAUAUGUUUAAAUAUAUUUCCACAGUCAUAAACUGGUAGAAAAUAUAAAUGUUAUUUAUAAGAAACAAGUAAUUACAAUGUGAAAAAUACUCCUGCGAAUAUGAUAAAAAAAUUAUUAUAUAAAUCUUAACUUUGGAAGAUAUAUUUCUAAGUAGUAAUGCAGAUGCCAAAAUAUUUAACACAUACUUAAAUUUUAAUGGUACUACAACCUUUAUAAAAUGUUCUUUAUAGUUAGAACUUAUGACUGACAUUCCAUUUAUAUUACUUAUAUAAAUAUUAAAUGAACAAAAAACAUUGUAAUUCUUUUGUGUCUAUUGCAUGCAAAUAAGAAUUGUUUUCUUGUUGGUUACCUUUUACAAGCUUUAACUUCUAAACAAACUUAUUCAAUGUUAAAUAUAUACAAAUAAUCUAGAUGUUUUAUAUUUGUUAUUUAUUUUUUAUAUUUUACUAUAAUGAAACCAAAUAUUUUAAUAUUAUAUGAACAUAUUAUAUUUGUAUUGAAUGUGCCAUAAACUAGAAAGAUAUUAUAAAAUAAAAUAUAAUAUUGUUAUAAAAAGUAGAUGAGAAGUCCAUUUUGGUAAUCAGAUAAUGUAUGUUUUAAUAUCUAUAUAACGGAUAAGAGUUAUCCACUUAAUAUAUGCUAGGAUAUAUGAAUUGAUGUUAUUCGAAAUACGUAAUAUGUGCGCCAUAAUUUACCUGCGUUUUUAUUUUUUAUUAUAUUUAAUUGGUAAUAAAAAAUAAAUUGUUGAUCAAAUAGUAAAUGUAAUUUUUUUUUUAAAUACAGCUAGUUUUUGUUAAGAAUAAGGUUAUUGAUUUUUCUUUUUAGUGCAUUAGUUAAAAUUGUUUUUAUGUAUGGAUAUUGUUAUUUAGAACUCACUCACAGUCACUUUUUAUUAUAAUUAAAUUAUUAAUGGUGACAUGAAAUAGUUUCAUAAAUUUAGUUGAAUUGAUUAUUGGUCUAAUAUACCUAUAUAACUUACAAAUUAUAUUAAUUGUAAAAACUUUAAGAAAAAAAUACAAGAUUUUAUUAAUACUUAAACAUUGAUAUUAAUUUCCAAAUUAAGAAAGAUGUGUUAUAAAUAAUGUAUUUGCUAAAUAAGUUUAUUAAUUUAAGUAAUAUAGCAUAACGACUAAUGAAAAAAAAAACAAUAUUCCUAUUUUUCUUCUAAACGAAAAUUUAUUAAUCAAAAAAUCACUGAGCAGGCCUACAUUUUGUAAAAUGCAUUUCUUAGUGAAAUAUAUCAUACUUAUCUAAACCACUCAUCUGCUAUUUGCAUCGUACUAUUCAAUGCAUAUGUUUUUUUUAAAGCUUUAAUGAAAAGAUCAAUUUAUUUUAAAGAAGUCUAUUUUUUUUAUAAUUAUUUUAUUAGUACUUAUUAAUACG